AUGGGAAACUCAAAAUCUUUAUUAAAUAAAGAAAAAAAAUCCGUGGAAUCCAGAUCAAAGAAAAUCUUAAAAUCCAAAUCGUCUUCAAGACAAACCGAUUCAAAAAAUUUUUUUGAAUUUGAUGCCGAUUUGAAUUUCGCUAUCUGCAGCGAGGCUGAUCGGCUAUUUACCUUGCACUUGUUUGUUCAACAUGUUUUUGAUGGUAGAUUCUCUGCACCGAUCGAGAGUAAACUACGGAACGGGGAAGCAAAGGUUUUAGAUAUUGGAUGUGGUCCAGGUGCAUGGAUUCUUGAAAUGGCAACCGAAUAUCCAUCAUCUCAAUUCUUCGGCAUUGAUAUAGCAGAUGCUUAUCCGACAGAAAAUUGUCCAAAUAACGUUAAAUUUGAAACAAGAAAUGUCAUUGAAAGAUUGGCAUUCCCUGAUGAUUAUUUUGAUUUUGUGCGCAUUGCUUUAAUGAGUUCAAGCUUGAAUGAACAGGAAUAUUACGAUGCAAUAUGUCAAGUAUUAAGGGUGUUAAAACCGGGUCAAUAUAUAGAGAUUAUAGAAUUUUUACUGCCAAUACACAAUUUAGGGCCAAAACACAAGACAAUUGAUGAAGCUUUUCAAGCUCACUCAGCUGCAUAUGGUAUAAACCUGAGAAUGGCACGAAAACUCGAAAGCAUGCUCGAGACUACAAAACAAACCAACGACAUAGAAUCAAUGACGCGUACAGUACAAGUGGGUUUAUCGGGGGGAAAAGCCGGAAAACUUCUCUACAUGAUUUUAGACACUUUUUCACUCGAACUUUCGAAAAAUGGUAUCGCUGCCAGCUUAGGCUUAAGUUUGGAACAAUAUAAAGAUGUUUGGCAGGAGUGUCGACAAGAGAUGAUUGAUUACGAGACUCGCGUAUCUAUCAAGAAAGUCUGGGGGCAGAAAGUUGUAACGUGA